AUGGAUGAACACUCUGUGGGGGCUCUGCAAUAUGGGCAUUUAGGGAAACCAACGUACAAUUCGGAAGCACACACAUGGGUCUUUUCACGUACAUUAGCUCCAUUUGAAACACUGACACCUCCUGGAGCUUCAUGUAUUUCUUACUCCGGAGUGACCAAAGUCACGGUUCAAUCGCCCCUCACUGCACUGCAGUCUUCUUCAAUCGAGAAUAAGGGCUUUUUGCCUCGCGUCUACCCCGAGCUUGCAGCUUGCUGGCCUCUAGUUGACAACGAAACCGUCUCUCAUGCUAUCACUAGCUGCGACAUAUGUAACCCUUCAGUUUCUACGCUUUUUGAUCUAGGAUAUGCGGUCGAUCUCGAGAAUAACGAUUCGGGGAGCCGAGUUAUACCUAUCGCCGUCAUAGCAUCCGGAGAGUGUGGCAACACUAUCAGUUUCCGGAAGAUCGAAGACGAUGUUGUGGAACUCCGAAGGAAGACGACUUCAUGGGCGCGUGUUCCGGCAAUUGGACAGACGGAGACCGUUGAGUGGUCGGCGGGAGGGGCUCCUGUCCGUCAAAUCUGCUUUGCGCGGACGGUGGAAGAUAAUGCGACGUGGAUGGCAGCUCGUUUGCCCCGUUCGACUACCAUCUUCCGACCACAGUAUCACCGAACACCAGUGCCUGUCAUAGGAUUGCAUGGUAGUGAUCACGUAUUUCCUCACCGUUCUCUUAAAUCUCGCCUGGAUGCGAACCCAUUGGUGGAGAUAUCAAUCGAGCAGACUGGAGGCUUUGCGCAUGCGGACGUGACUUUCAACCCCUGGUAUCAGAAGCAGUUGGCUAUUGUUGAUGAACGAGGUAAUUGGAGUGUCUGGGAACUUUCCGGUCGGCACAGGCGCAACAAGGGUAAUUGGGCAGCUGUAUCUGUCAAUUCUGGCUCACUGCCGUGGCUCGAUCUCGGAGACGGCCAAGACAUCGAUGACCACCCUCGUCAUGAUGGAUGGGCUGCUAUUGAAUGGGUUGGUGAUGUUAACAGCUUUAUCGUCUCUGAUAGGCGCUGCCCAAUGCUUUAUCGUAUGGAAAGCGGCGAGGUUUAUCCAUAUACAAUUGAGCUCGGCCUAAAGCGAAGGUCGGAGUGGAUCCUGGACAUUAAGAGAAGUUCUGCCAAUGUGUCGCAUGUUUUCAUCUUGACGACGACUCGAAUAUUCUGGCUGGAUUUGACAUCAUGCCCUGAACCGAGCAGUGCAACCGACAAUGACUCGCGACCUCCUCUGUUACCCCGUUUGUCCUGGCGCCAUUUCCGGGAUCCCGAGGACACCACAUUGCGACUGACUCCUCUACUUGUGCGGGAAGAUUUCUACCUCGUUCUAUACUCGCUCCUCAACAAUGUUGCGCUAACCUUGCAAUGUCCAUCUUCGUCCCUGGAUCAAACGGAUGCGAUGUCGAUACCAGACCCUUAUAUAAUGGAGAUCCCAGUGUCGUUUUCUGAUACUGAAGGCUCCCGGCACUCCAGCAGCAUGCAGCUCACAACGCUUGUUUUCAAGGAGAUCACGCAUCUGCCAUCGUCAGUCGGUAAACAGUAUUAUGAUUCUCAUGUUAGGCUCAUAAAGCUUUUUGCGCUAGACUCAGGCCUCACUGUCCGCGAAUCAAUAUACAUCAGACCCUCCCGUGAUGGCUCCGAGGAUGAUGACUCUGCCGCAAGAGAUGUUUUGCGAGUGAAGAAAAGGCACCAAGGAGUGCAAAGAGUGCAGUCGGCUUGCUUUGAAGAUCAAUUCGUUGUAGAGGACUACGAGGAAUCCAUGCUGGGAAGCGGUAUGCUCACAACCGCAGACCCUGGAAUGCCUAGCAUAACGCCACUUGCAAUCCCUCAGUGGACCCUCGACUACACUCAUGUCUAUGCUGUUGCUACUGGAAGGUUAACGCUGUCACCGAGAGAAGACGACCCUGGCAAACAAAACUUUGGCAGGAGUUUCCAGGAGGCCAUACAAGAGCUAGGCGAGAUGGCCAGUGGUGCCGGGGUGAGCAACGACCAGACAUGUCGUACAGGUCUCGAGGCCCUUGGUAGUAGUCCGUUGCUCGACGAUAUCGAAAACGAUUCGCGGAGCCUCAAGAAAUUUCUUUCUAGCGACCAUCCAGCUCUCUUGGAUUGGAAAACUGACCGUCAAUUGUCCGAUCAUUCUAGUCCAAUUUUCGUUCAAUCAGCUGAUCUCACUUACGACAUUUCGAGGUUGGAACUUCCCGCAAUCUAUGAUCUGCUUUCCGAUGACUGGCUGGCAGGCCUGCGCCACGAUAUCCCUGGGCGCACGAGAAUUACGAAAGAGAAGACCAUUCGUGGCGUUGCGGCUGAUCUGAUCUUGGCUCAGAUACGCAUCAGAGUUCAGACGCUCUCUGGGGUUGAUGAGUCUGAUGACAGCAGACGGAUAAGCUCAAGGGAUAAUCAAUCAUCAUCAUUUUCAUCAUCAUCGAUGGUUCCGGUGCAUGAUCUAUUCGAUGUAUCGAGCUCUAUAAGUGCGAAGCGGGCGUCUCGGCGAUCGAUCUGGACAGGCAACGGUAACUUGGAUGAUCCAGGCAGCGGCGCGACACCCGGAAGCACUCUUGGUCGCGGGGAGCUUGAGAGUGAGAGUCAAUGGGACAUGGAGCCUACAUAUGCUAGCCUCUCAACAUACACUACCUUUAGUCGUGAGCGGAAUAUGCCUCGAAAAGUGGCGAGCAUGUUGGGCCAUUGGCUACCGGGCGCCGACCCGGCCGGAUAUAACUGGCAGAGGGCAAUCCAGCUUCAGGGAACGGAGGAGUCGCAAUCAGCAUCUAAGGCAGCGACUCCGAAACGCCGUCAACGCAAGAAGACGCCAUCAUCCCAAGGAACCACCAGUGUGACUAGUGGGAAUGUAUCUGCACCAAAUCCGAUGACUUCUGUUACUCCAGAUGUGCGGGGGUGGGGGAGUCAACCGGAGAACAAUGAGGCGCCUGUCCUCAGACUGCAAAGCAGUCAAGUUAUAGAAGAGGAUGAUGUUCCGAUGACACAGAUCGAGCGAGGUGCAUUCGGUGGUCGAGAAGCCGGGCGAAAGAGCGUGAUGAAGGCACGCAAGAAGAAGCGCGCGGCAGGUUUUUAA